UAUAACUUUUUAAGCGAAGUGCUUGAAUUGAUUUCAUAGUAUGUUAUUCAAUUAUUCAGAGAAUUAUUCAGAGCGAAAAAUAUUUGCAACAGCAAUCAAGAGAUGACAAAGAAGUAAGAAGUAAGCAAGGAAUGGAUAAUGUUCACAUUUUAAAAAAAUGAUUGUUUUCAUUAUUACGAUAAGUUUGGCUUUAGGGUUUUCCUUUGCUAAUGAAGUACCAGAGAAACGGUAUCAUUUUGCGCGGCGGAUGAACGUAGACACACAUGGUGUAAACAUGAACGUAUAUAGUUUCGAAACCCUUGCAGGACAAGGAAUAAGGGAUUGCAUAGAAUCGUGUAAGGCGAAAAAACUUUGCAAAUUCAUUAAUUUUGAUCGUCGAGGGAAGUUGUGUUUUCUUAUUGGUGUAAAAAAUGAUGCCAUUUUAUCAGUGGAAAAUUACUUGGAGGUGAAACCAGGCUUUUAUUUCGGGGCUAAACAAGAAUGGAGUAUGGAAGAAGAGUACAACAUAUGUGAUGACUGCAAUAGAUUUGGAGUAUGCAGCAACGAAAUAUGUCUUGAUUCUGGCUGUACACCACCACUUAAAAUGGACAAGGCAAUAACGAAGGGAAACAUGUAUUCAGUUGGUAAUACUGUCCUUUAUCAAUGUGAGGAUGGCUACCGGACAGCACAUACCAAUCCGGUGACGUCAACGUGCCUUGGAAACGGAAACUGGAGCUUGGUUAAAAUUCUUUGUUUGCCUGAAGCCGCAUUCGGACAAGAAGUGUCAGGACCUGGCAGCAAAUCCUACAAACUCAUUCGACACAGACUGAAAUGGGAUGUGGCCAAGGAGACGUGUGUGGAGAUGGGUGGGCAGCUCGUCAACGUCAGAUCCCAGACAGAACAAACCUUUAUAGAAACUAGCAUCACAGAGAAUUUCGAUUGCUACUGGACGGGUGGUAGACGAACAAAUGGCGUGUUCAGCUGGUUAGAUGGAACAGCCCUUGAUUCUGGUUACAAUAACUGGAAUGAUAACCAACCUGAUUCUCCCCCUGGGUCCGAGGACUGUGUGAGUAUGUACAGAGGCUAUGAAUACAGAUGGAAUGACUACGGAUGUACAGGAACAUGUCAUGUUAUUUGUGAACUUACAUAAAUGACAAGGUUUUAAGUGCUAUUAAUGAAGCUUUCACACAGUUGUCACUGCCAAGAAAGGCACCUGUUUAGCCGUUAAAAGCUAGAAAAGUCGCCAUAUGACCUAACUGUGUUGGUGUGACGCUUAACACAACAAAAUUAAAACAAAACAAUAACA